AUGAACAUAGCAGAAUAUCUUUCAUCCAGUCAUCCGGAUGAUCUCCGGUAUCGUUUGAGUAUCGCGUAUGCUGUGCGCAGUUUAGAGCAACAACAAAAUCAGCUAUUGACAAAUGUUCCUGAAGGCCAGUUUUCCGUGCCAUGGAGGAGUGAUGAAGAGUUUGUCCGACGUUUUCUGAUGUUGGGCAACUCUGAAGGUAUUUAUUUCGCAAGACAAAAUGAGUUUACAUGCACUUUAGAGCCCGGUUUAUGUCGCAUUAUUCAAUCAGGUAAAGGGUUAAUGGUUUUGCAAAAAAUUUUGGAAAUGUCGAUAACAAACCUUGCUACGAAUAUAGAACCCCUGCUGAUCGCUCUAGCACUUUGCGCACGUUACAAGGUUCAUGAUACUCAAAGCAAGAAGAAAUUACCAUGGGACACUACGGAAGAACAAGAAAAGCUAUUGCCAGAUGCUAUUUGUCGAGAUAUAAGACCGGUUAUGGAAAAGACUUAUCAAGCGUGCCUUCAGAAGUCAGCCCUUUUUGCUGUGCACAAGGUAUGCAUUACACCCACUGAUUUGUUCAAAUUUAUCAGCUAUUGCAAAGUGGUAUCAAGAGAAAGUGGGCUUAAGAAAGAUUCUAAUGGUUGGGGACGUGCAUUGCGCGCAACUGUUAUCAAAUGGUAUUACAAUCAUACUCCAAAGCGUCUCGCGGUCAUCGUAACUAAGUAUCGUCAUCGUGUUAGCUAUUCGCAUCGCGAUCUAUUUUGCCUAAGCCAUAUCCAUCCAAAACAAAGUCUUCCCCCCGAACAUGGCUAUUGGCAAUAUCAAAAGGAAUAUGAAGAUAUUUUUAGACAUGUUACUGGAGGCUACAGAGGCGGUGAAAAGGAAGAAAAAGAGAGAAAACGGCGAAAAGAAUUAUCACCGAAAAGAAAAUCCAAGCGAGGCCGUUCAGAUCCAGAAGAAACGGAACGAGUGCGACAAAUUUUAGAAGAGCUGAAUUUGAAAAGAGCUGAAGAAAGGACUGCUUCUGCAGGUGUUGAAGGGACAGCUAAUCCGGUCAUGGAUGCAACUACAUAUAUUCAAGCUUUUGAUAGGCUUCAGUCCUUAACACCUGAAAAUAUAGACGAUGCCGUUAUGCUCAUUCUUCAGUAUGGUUUUGAACAAGAACAUGUUCCUCAGGAAUUACUGAUUUCUAAGGAAGUUUGGGGUGCUUUGCUGAGAAGGAUGUCAUUGAGUACAAUAUUGAAAAAUAUGGGCAAAAUGAGUGGCAUUGAUCUUUUUGAAGAAGGUGUCAGUGUUGAUGAUCCAGUAUCUUUGGUUGUCAGAACAUUGGCUGAUGUUGAAAAGCUGUGGGAAGAAGGAAUUAAUCCACUUACAAUACUGAUAGCCAAAACAAAUUAUGAACAUGGUCAUGAAAUGAAAAGGAAUCGGAUAUGGCAACCAAUUAAUAUGAUACAAACUGCGUUAGAUAAGGCAUUUUACAACUGCAUGAAUGCUGUUGGAAUGACUAACAGACGAUAUCUUAUAGCAGUUGAUAUUUCGGAUAGCAUGGAUAGUUUUAUGCAAGGUACAACAGUAGCUUGUAGUCAAAUAGCAGCCGCGUUGUCAAUGGCAUUUAUUUGCAAUGAAAACGAUGUAAUCACAUUGGGUUUUGCGGAUUUCUUGAUGCCUUUAGAAUGGAACAGAAAUAUGGGCUUAGGACAAUAUCUCGCAGCUGCCAAGAUGGUGAAAUAUGGUAAAACAGAUUGUGCCCGGCCCAUGGUUUGGGCAAUUGAGCAGGGAAUAUAUGUGGAUGUUUUCAUUGUUUUAACGGAUAGUGAUAUUUCAAUUAAAUCUAUGAAACCAUCAGAUGCUAUUCAAUUGUAUCGCCAACGAAUGGGUAUGCCGGAUGCAAAACUGAUUAUAAUAGGCAUAACCGAUAAAGAAGGAUCCUUAGCUGAUCCUACUGACCCAAAUAUGUUGGUCAUUUGUGGUAUAAAUUCAUCGAUUCUUCAAGUUAUCCAUGAUUUUGUUCUUCACGUUUAA